AUGUUCAAGAAAGGGUAUGCAGCGCAAGGGCAGAACUUGUUAUCCAAGAAGGAUCUGAAAGCUCUUAAAGGCCAACUCACCGAGCACUUCCCCAGCCUAGAUGAGAAAAUGCUGGAUGAGAUCUUGCCUGAGGGCCAAGCCAAGGUUGUGAAGCUGGACAACAGAUGCUUGCUUUACUCCUCCGGGGACUCUCCUCCAGCUUUCUUUGAUGCAGAGGGCCGAGGGGAGUUCUACCCCACUCUGCACACGCUCUGGCAGUUCCCGCAUAUCAUGCAGGAGCUGACUAUCCAUCCGCCUGUGUCGAAGUUCGUGCUCAACGGUGCAGACCUGAUGCUUCCAGGCGUCCUUGUGCCUGCAAACGGCGUCGCUGGCUUCGGAACAGUGACGAAGGGCCAGCCACGGUGUAUCAAGAUCGAUGGCAACCCUUAUCCGAUUGCAGUCGGGAGAAUGGUGGUGAACCAAACCCAGAUGGAAAAGUUGAAAGGAAAAGGCAUGGAGGUGAUGCAUGUCUACAAAGAUGCUUUGUGGGCCCAGUGUGGCAAGGUGAAACCCAAUGCUGGUUUCUCAGACGAGGACGAGGUUGCUCCCUGUGCGGCCAGCAACUGGAAGCCCGGCGCAGCGAGCGCGGAGGCUAACGGUACGGCUGAGCCUGGGGCUGCGGAGGCCCCGGCAGCAGCACCAACAGCAGCGCCCGGAGGCGGCAAAGCUGCCGACGAUUGGACGCAGGAUGACCUAUUGGAUUUCACUUUCCUCCAAGCCUUCAAGCAAGGCCUUGCAGAUGACAAGGCUUUGCCCAUAGAAGCUUCUGAGCUCUACGAGAAGCACAUGAAGCCAGCGAGGCCUGAGGGAACCACCCUAGAUGUCAAGAAGUCGUCUCACAAGCAGAUCGGCAAGUUUUUGAAUGCAAUGCGGAAAUCCAAAGCCAUCGACGUCACAGAGAAGAAAGGCGUCAUCCACGUUUCGAAAGUUGACAGGAAGCACAAAGUGUUUGUCAGUCUCGAAGAAAAAUAUGCGGACCAGGUGGCCGCUGCCCCAGUGGCCGCAGCAGCCACCGCUGCGACGACCCCUGCAGGCUUGGCGCCGCCCAAAGUGACGGCGAUGUGGAAGCCCUCGCAUUACCUAGAGCCGAUCUGGAAGGCCGUGGGGAAGAAGAAGGAUGAGCUGUACACCUGGGAUGAGGCCAGAGCCAUAGUCUUCAGCUACAUAGAGCAGGAGAACCUUGGCAAAGCAGAUGGGCCCAUCAAGAUGAACGAUGGCCUCCUGACUGCCCUCUGGAAAACCGCCGGCGGGCAGAAGAAGGACCAGGAGUGGCCCACGGAGGUGGAUGGCGAGCAGGUAGAAGAGAAGUUGGAAGACCGCCUUCAGCAGUACACGUCCAUCGAUGUGGCCGGCGUGGGUGUAACGACCCGGAAGGGUGCCCCGGUGAACAUCGCCAUCUCCCUGUCAAGAAAAGGAGCUCACAACGUCACCAGGAUCUGCAACCUGGAAGCCUAUGGCCUCGAUCCGGAGGCCCUGGGAGACGAGCUGAAGCGAAAGCUAAACUGUACAGUGUAUAUCGAAGACAUGCCUGGCAAGAACGUGAAGGAGAAAAUGUUACAACUACAAGGUCACGUUGACCAGGAAUUAGCGCAGUUUUUGGAACAAAGGUAUGGAAUUACCAAGAAGUUUUUGGAGGUGAAGUGA